ACCGCCAAAAUCCGACGGCGGCGCUUGCGCCGCGGAUCCAGCCGAGCCAGAUCCACGCGGCACGUGACAAGUGACACGACGCUCGCUCACUCCACCCACGCUCCCCGGCCGCCGCUGCCGGCCUCGUCAGUCGCAGAUCCCCCAACCACCAGCGAAGCCGCCGCUCACCGCCGAUCGGCCCACAUGGCCGCCUCUAUCGCCGCCGCCGCCGCCGCCGCGUCCAUCUCCCACCUCCUCCCCGCGCCGAAACCCAAGCCCAGAACCCCACCCCGCCUCUCCCUCCUCCCCCGCAGGCGCUCCCGCGCCGCCGGUGCCAUCUCCGCGUCGGCGUCCGCGGCCUCCGACUUCCUCGCCCCCGUCCCGUCCCUCAAGUCCCGCCUCGCCGCGGGCGACACCCUCUAUGGCCUCUUCCUCCUCUCCUUCUCCCCCACGCUCGCCGAGAUCGCCGCGCUCGCCGGCUACGACUACGUGGUCGUCGACAUGGAGCACGGGCCGGGCGGCAUCACGGAGGCCCUCGCCUGCCUCCGCGCCCUCGACGCCGCCCGCACCCCCGCCGUCCUCCGCCUCCCGGAGGCCUGCCCCGUCUGGGCGAAGAAGGCGCUCGACCUCGGCCCCGCGGGCCUCAUGCUUCCCGCCGUCGAGUCCCCGGCCGCUGCCGCGGAGGCUGUAUCCCACUGCCGCUACCCGCCCCGCGGCGUCCGUGGCGCUGCCUACCCAAUCGUCCGCGCAUCCGCCUACGGCCUCGACGACUCCUACCUCUCCCGCUGCGAGGACGACACCCUCAUCAUCUGCCAGGUCGAGACCGCCGCCGGCGUUGCGGAGAUCGACGCCAUCGCCGCCGUCGAAGGGGUCGACGUCGUCCAGAUGGGCCCGCUCGACCUGUCGGCGAGCAUGGGGUACCUGUGGGAUCCAGGGAACAGGAAGGUGCGAGCGGCGCUGAGGGAGGCUGAGAGGAAGGUGUUGGAGGCCAGGAAGAAGAAGGACGCUGCUCCGAAAACCAAUGCGGCUUACUUGGGUGGGUUUGCGAUGCCCAAUGACCCAGCUGAGCAGCUCAAGCAUAGGGGAUACCAUAUGGUUGCAGGUGCAGUGGACAUUGGGUUGUUCCGGAAGGCGGCAUUGGAGGAUGUCAAGCGGUUCAAGGAUGCGUCAAUGGAGAUUGGUGAAGCAGAGGGCGAGGAGGAGGAUGAGAAGGAAGAUGGAUACUGGAGUGAAUGAGCACUGGGGAACUGGUGAUGGCUUCGUUUGUUUGUGUUCUGAAUUGAAACUUUUAGGGUCUCCAUUUUCUGGACUUUGGUGUACUCUUGUUUAGUCGAUGAUUUGGGUUUUAGGGAGCAAAUCUGUUUGGGCACCUUACUGUUCCCAUUUGUAGGUGGUAAUUGGUGAGUACCUAAUAAAGAGUUGGAUUUUAGUGAAA